AUGGAUCAGCAUAGUCCCGAUAAGUGCAGGUGCCACAAGCAAUCGCUGCCGGCACAGCAAACACUCAGCGAUAUGGAUUUCGAUAGAGGCAUUUGGAAUGCAGCUAUCUACAACGAUGUGGACCGUGUGCGCGAGUUUAUAAAGAAGGGGCAGGCAAUGGCGCGCGAUGAUUGCGAUUACACCGCGCUGCAUUAUGCGGCACGCAAUGGCAACGAGGAAAUCUGCAAGCUGCUGCUCGACGAAGGCAAGGUGGAUGUGAAUGUAGUGACCAAGGGCGGGGCCACAGCACUCCAUCGGGCGGCCAUGAUGGGCCACCUGAAUAUUGUCAAGUUGCUGGUAGCGCAGCCAAAGAUUAAUCUGUUGCUGCAAGAUGAGAGCGGACAGAGUGCGUUGCAUCGUGCCGCAUUGCGGGGACAGUUGGAGGUGUGUCGCUUUCUAUUGAAAAAGGAGCCUGGCCUUAAGCUACUCAAGGAUGAGAAAGACAAAAUUGCAUUUGAGUAUAUUAUGGAGAAUGCCAAUGAUGAUUUCAAGCUGCUUCUAAAGCCCUAAACUAGAAAAAAAAACCUUUGUAGCCUUAUAAGUUUGAUCUAAUGUCCAAUUGGCAGCAAAUUGAACCCAAAAUUGUUAUGGUAUUUGUUAUCAUAUAUAUAAUAUAUAUGCUUUAUAGGGCAAUUAAUUCAUUCUUAGUAUAUAUAUCGUGUCAGACUGUAAAGUGUAAGCGUAAAAAUGUUUAAAAACAAAAGAAACAAAUAUCCCUCUGCAUAUUUUUUAAAAUUGUUUCAUAUCUCUUUAAUAUUUGUUUAUAUUGUAACACAAAAAAAUAACAAAAAAAAAAAUUGAAAUUCAAAUAACUUUCUAAUGAAAACGAAUUCAAGUAGAAUUAUUGCAAUGGUUAACCGAAAUUUGCAUUUGAGAAGAUGUAAAACUUUGGCAUUGUCUCGAGCCUAAUGCAUAUUAAAAAAAUACAUAUAGUUUACAUACAGAUUACAUAUAUUAAAUAUGUAUACAUCAUUGAUAUAUCCUCUUAUUGUUGUAAUGAAAUAUGGUAAAUACUAGUUUGCCCAUAAAAUACUAAUUGUGUACUUUUCUUCUUA